AUGGAACCUCAAUCCGCCAAUAGCAGCGGAAUACUGACCCCCGAGCAGAUCGCUGCGUUGGGGCUGGCAACUGACAGUAACGGAUCGCAGUUGACGAUCUCCGGGAUUACCCUUUCGACGGUUGUAGUCAUCGUCGUAACAUUGCGGUUAUGGGGUCGGAUACAAGUGCUGAAGAUCGUCGGUUGGGACGAUUACUGUGCGGUCGCCGCAGCAGUGUUGGCGGUGUGCCUUACGGUGAUGAAUUGCAUCAGUGCUGAGUACGGUAUGGGCUCGCACAUAUGGGUCGUGGGAACGUUCAAUUUUCAGUAUGCCUACUUUGUUCAUCUCGUGUACAUCCUCUCGCUGGGCUUCACACGAGCAUCACUUCUCCUACAGCUCGUGCGACUCGCCCCGACCCAUCGCAUGCGUGUCAUCUUCUGGACACUCCUCGGCGCGUCGGGCACGUUCACUAUCGCCGCUUUCUUCUCGCACGUCUUUAUCUGUAAGAUGGACCCUUCACGGUUCUGGUUGAGCCCAGACCCAAAAGGCGAUGCAGCGUUAGGAAUCUGCAUCGAUUAUGUCCUGCUCCAGGAGUCCGUGGGCGGCAUCAACAUCAUAAUGGACUUUAUUACGUGGCUGUCGCCAUUGAAGAUCAUCUGGCAGGUGCGAUUGCCCCGUGGCCAAAAGAUCUCGCUGAUCCUCGUGUUCCUGGCAGGAGGACUUGUCUGGAUUGCAUCCAUCUCACGCCUCAUCUUUGCAGUUAAAGCCGGCGAAGUUCUCGACGACAAAUUCGAAGUCGAUCCAUCCUACCGGCUCGUCAGCGCCGCCCUCUGGACCAAUAUAGAGGUGCAAGUAGCGGUGAUUUGCAGCUGCCUCCCCACUCUCCGCCCCUUCAUCCGCCGAUUCCUUCCCGGAAUCCUCACCGACACCGGUAGCUCCAAGAACCGACGCACGACAGGUCUCAGCAAUAGCGGCCAUGCCGUCGCCCGUUCGAACGGCGGCUCGAUUCCGCUCGGGAGUAUGGCUUCCAAAACAAAGAUGGACGACGAGUACUCAUCCUCGACGGAGCAGUUCGCUACUGCCCAGGGGACUACUACCGAUAUUGAGGGCGGUUGUGAAACCAGGGAGGGACAGCGAGUGAUGGGCGAUAUGCAGAUCUACAAGCAGACAGAGGUACGAGUGCAGAUUCAUAGGAAGGGUGAAGAGUUUGGGCCGUGAUUUCUCUCACCAAAGACCUUUGGACGUCUUCCGUGAAUUUUUGUAUAGACUUGUUGUAUGUGCUGGAAUCUCUAUUUUCGUUCUGUGGAUAAUGGUGCAUGGAUAUAGGCAACGAUAUUGUAAUAAUAUCGAGGUGCUAUAGGAAGUGCUUAUUCCGGGCCGUUCCAUGGGUAUCUGCAGACAUAGGGGCGGGCCGGUAGUGCAAGGUUCACCGCUGACACAACCGCGAGCUUCGGAGUGCCGAGUGCGCAGGUUCGGUUUAUCGUUGCCCGGCCACUGUCCGCUUUCUCGCCC